AUGGUUGAACUGAACGAGAACAGGAUCUGGAUCGACGGAUGCUUUGACUUCUUCCAUCAUGGACACGCCAAUGCCAUAUUACAAGCGCGUUCUGUAGGGGACGAGCUGGUCAUUGGUGUCCAUUCCGACGAGGACAUAUUGCAGAACAAGGGCCCGACGGUGAUGAACCUGGCUGAGAGAUCAGCGGAGAUUGCUGCUAACAAGUGGGCUACACAGGUUGUUGAGAAUGCACCAUAUGUGACACAGCCCGAGUGGAUGGAUAGAUAUGGCUGUAAGUACGUUGUGCACGGAGAUGAUAUCACCACAGACGCUGAUGGAAACGACUGCUACGGUAUCGUGAGGGAGCAGGGGAGGUUGAAGCUGGUGAAGAGGACUGAGGGUGUUAGUACAACUGACCUCAUCAACAGGCUGCUGAACCCUACAGAUGUUGGCCAUUAUUACAAAGACCCCAAGGCCAUGGUACGCGAGAACGAAAGCCUGAUCAAGAGAUUCGGCACGGAUCCUUCUGGCUACAACCCUCAUACUGAUAUCUACACUGGAGACUUAUCUGACCCACUGCAGAAGGUUGGAGAUAGAGAGUAUACCAUCUAUCUCCAUGGGAGCUUUGACCUGUUCAAUCCAUUCCACAUUGCCGUGCUCAAGCAGCUGAAAGAUGAGGGACACGAAGUUCUUGUUGGAAUCUAUAAGGAUGGAGUCGAGCAUACCGCAAUGGACCUCCUCCAGAGAACGCUAUGUGUAUUGCAGUGUAAGUACGUGGAUGGUGUUAUAAUCGGCGUUGAAAGCCGGGACUUCGUGCCAGCUGAGCUCCCUUCAAGAGCUGUUGAUGAAUACGAGAACGAUUACAGCUAUCUCAACAGAGGUGGCAUUCAGAAGAGAAUACAGGACCACUACGAUCUCUACGUCGAAAGACAAAAGAAGAAGGGUGUGAAGAGUGAACACGAGAGUAAGCUUGAGAGACACCAUACAUAA